UAAUAAUUCAAAUGGGUUUUGAUUAAUUUUAUGACGUUUAAAAAUUUUUUAAAGAUCGUCUUCUUAAAUAAAGUUAAUAAAAAAAAAAGUACUAGCAAUUAUAAAAAAAAAAAUCAAAGAAACCAAAUUCUGGAUUUUGAUCUAGUGUCUAGUGUUAAAAAUAAUAUUAAAAAUGGCGACACUUUUUGCUGUUUUGUUUGUGCAAAAAGAUGGUUAUGGCAUUUGUUAUGCAUACAAUAAUUAAUGAAAAUAAUAUACAUAUAUAUUUAGGAUAUUUAAAUAAUAUAAUAUAUAUUUAUAACAAGUGUUGUUGAUUGUUUAUUGUUUGUUUGUAUGUAUGUGGGUGGAAGAAAUAAAAUAGAGUAUAAAAAUAAAUAAUGAACGCAACGAGUUUAUAUGUAUCAACAUGUCGGCUUGUAUUGCAAGCCGAUGCUGAAGAUUCAAAUUCAUGGACAGACUUAUACAGGCUAGUACCAUAUUUAAGGCAAAGUCUAAGCUGCACAGUAUGCUCGAAUCUCUUGAUUGAACCUCACACACCAACAGAGACAAAUUGUCAACAUCAUGUGUGUCGUGGUUGCCGCGGUGGACGUAAAAAAUUAAAACCAUCCUGUGGUUGGUGUAAAGACUAUGAUAAAUAUAUUGAAAACGUACAAUUACGAAUACUAUUGCAGUGUUAUAAAAAGUUGUGUGAAUAUCUUACGAGUACUAAUAUUUAUCGUAGUCUAAUUAUUACUGUGUCUUCCAAUGCUUCGAGCAAUGUUGCUUCUGUUAUUGGUGCUACGAGUCUUAUGGAACUCAUUCAAGAGGGCACAGGUUUUAAAGAUGAAUUUAAAAGUAAUGCUGGUUUAUCUAAAUCUGCUUACAGUAUUUUACCUUGUGUUUAUACCAGUACAACAUCAACACAAACACAAGCUAAUAGUAUACAACCAACCGUUGAUCCAUUAGCAACAACUGUACCUGAAUCUCCAGCAAUACGAACUGUGUCGAAUGGAUCAUCAAUCUACUCUGUGAUGUAUGCAGGCUCGGGUAAUAAAAUAACGAUAAAACGUAAAGCUGCCACUACUGUUGAGGAUACUGAUCUCAGUCAACAGGACACUGAUAAUUCGAGAGGAGCUGUAGGAGGGGUAAAAUGCAUUCCAUCUUCACAACUUUCAUAUGGAACUUCUUCUCCAAAAAAGUCGUCAAAGGGCAGCAAAUCGUCGACGAGUUUUAAAAAACCGAGAUCGAGCUCGACAAGGAGCAAGAGAAAAGGAUGUAGAUGUGGAAAUGCAACAGCAAUACCAGGGAAAUUAACGUGUUGUGGUCAAAGAUGCCCUUGUUAUGUUGAAAGUAAACCGUGCAUUGAAUGCAGAUGUCGAGGGUGCAGAAAUCCUCACACUGCUGAUGGUUUAAAAAGAAGGCCACAUAUACCAGAGCUACACAAUUUACAACUGCAGCUUUCAAGUUCGCUUGAUUGCGAUAGUUUAAGUUCAGAUACUCUGAAUUCACAUCAAUGCUUAUCAACAUCACCUACAACAAUUCAAGUACUAAAUGUGUAUUCGACACCGAGAUUAGACAUUGAUAAUGUACCACAAAAUUUACCCGCAGCUUUACUCGUUGGUGAAGAUGCUAUGGUUAGUACAGAAAGCGAAGCUGAUGAUAGUGAUAUACAAAUAGACGUGUGACAACGUGAAUAAAGGCGCUCAAGUUGAGCGUCAUGUGCAAAUUAAUUUUUAUUAAUUAAUUUCAUUUUUUUAAUUGAAUUAAAUUCACUAUGAUAAAUUAAAAAUUAUGUAUCACAAUGAAUUAGGAACUUUAUAUUGCGUGAUUUGUAUAAAAUGUAAAACAGGUAGAUGUAGAAAUAAUAGGUGGUUAUAUAGUUUUAUAAUUAAAUUUACCUAGUAGAUUUUUUUGUACAUUCAAGUCAAUUGUACAUGCAGUCUUAUUUUAUUUUUUAUUUUUCAAAUAUUAGUUUUUAAAUUAGUAUUUCAAUUUAUCAACUAAUCACUGAUGGCCAGGGAAUUUUCUUUUAUUUUUUUAUUUUCAUCAUAGCUUUAUUUUUAAACCGUAUCUUUUUUAUUGUCAUUAGCUAAAAAAAACAGUAGGUUUGGUAAAGAUAAGUCUUCCAAAAAGGAAAAAUUUAUGUAAUGUAAAGUUUACGUGUUGAAAAUUUUAUUUUUCGCUUCAAAGCAUUAAAAAAUAUUAUCUUUUUAUAUUAUGAUUUAUUGUCUCUGUUAAAUGAAAAGAAAAAGGUAUAAAAUUUUUCAUAAAAGCCUUUAUUAAAAGAAGCGGUUUAAAACAAUUAGAAAAAAAAAAUUUAAAUACUUUUUAAUGCUUUUGAAUACUGAAUACUUUCAAAUCGCCCUUCUUAUGGGCAAUUAACAUUGCAAAUCGUUUUAAUAAGGAAGAGAGAGUUAUGAGAAAAAUUUGAAUUUUCAAAUAAAUAAAAUUUUAUUUGAUAAGUGUUAACAAUGUGCUAAACGACAUAUUUUAUCUCAUGAUUUAGGACUUUAUCUGUGAAAAUACUGAAUUUUGAAAAUUACCUAUUACAUACUUUUAAGUUGCCUAUAUAUUCAACUUUUCAUUGAUCGUACUGCUUAUACUUGAAGAUUAUUGAACAAUGAAGUUAGUUACUCAAAUUACUCACUACGAUUUGAAUUUUUAUAAUACAUAAAUAUUGACGGGUAAUUUUGUGAAGAAUCUCAUAAAAAAUUGUUAUUUUUAUUUACAAUUUUUGUUGUAGAAUAUUCAAUUAUUCGCUGAAUUAUAAUCGAACAUUAAAAACUUGAGUAGACGGUGAUUCUAUAGAAUUUUUUGUAAAAAUAUUUUUAAUAAUGCUUCUAUAAAAAAUUUUGUACCUUAUAAAGGUACAGGUCUCUAUGUAACAUCGAUGGAAAAAAUUGUUUAAAUUACACCCAGAUAAAUUUUUAGUAGAAAAUUAUCCAAAAAGUUUGAUACUGUGAGGACAUGUGGUAAAUAUCUAAAUGUUUCCCAUGCACAUUGUAACAUAAACAACUCGAUAGCAUGUAAAUGAAGUGCAAUUUCAACUAAUAACAGUAAAAAUUUAGUUACUAGCUAGCUGUCCUUACAGUAUCAAACUUUAUGGGUAAUUUUUACUCAAAAAUUUUCUGCGUGCAGUAAAAAUAUAUUAUUUUGUUUUUUAAGUACAUUUUUUUAUCUGUUUAAAUCUUUUUUUUUCUUCACUAAAUACUACCGGUUUUUUAACCAAAAAUAUUUUUGAAAAAUUAACACUUAUUUAUUAAUAUUUCUAAUCAUUGUUUUAUUUUUUUUUAUUAUUGAGGGCACCAAUUUAUAACAAUUGAAAAAAAUGCCCUUAAUAUUUGAAAGAAACUUUUCUAUGGUCUCAGUGAUACUUUUAUCUUUACUUCAGUUUAUAUAACAAACUUGAAAGAAAUAAAUAAGUUUUAUACGUAAUAUAUGAUUGUGACUAAUGGUUUUUUUUUUUAAUAAAGAUUAAAAAAAGAUCAUAGUACCAUAAUAGUACUUGCAGUACAUUUACGUUUUGUUUUUUAUUUUCUUAAUAUCAUUCAUUAUCAA